GAAGCGAUCACGAAUUGGCCUUUCUCUCGCGAAAUCGCAUUUCGAGCUGGAGGUUGACGGUGGGAGGGUUUCGCUUCUAGGGUUCCGAAAGGGAGGCUCGCGCGCAAGGCCCCAACGGCUCUUUCGAGAGAUCCAGGUUUUGAAUUGGAAUCUCCUCCCGUGAAUCAAUCGUGUCUAGGGUUUUCUCCCACCACCUUGCGUCCAUUGUUUCGUUUCGCUUUCCGUUUCUCGGCCAAUCUUUUUGAUCUAGGGUUUAGGUUAGCCCGUCACUUCGAUUCGUUCUUCUGUUCUUGGUAGCUUUCGAUCUGACUCGUAGUGGAAGGGGAGUAGUGUCUUGAGGGUCAGGGUCGUCAUGGAUGAUACAAGGUUUGGUAGCUUGGCUUGACUCAACUAAUGUGUCAAGGUUAGGGUUCCCCCGCUCUAAAUUUCUUCUGUUUCUUUUUUCCCUAUUCCCUGGUUUCCACAAAUUUUUAUUACAUUAAUUAUUUAAUUUGACGAUUGAAAUGGGUAAGUUCAAAUGGAAUAUGUAAUUCGACUUCGUCGUUGGAUGUUGUCUUGUUGGAAGCUAGGAUGGCUUCGUUGCUUUUGAUCAGAUAAUCGAGGAAUUUAAUAUUCUAGGAAUUUGAAACUUGUAUCAUUCUGAAAAAGUACCUAGAUAUUUCCAAUAAAAACAACAUGUGUGGAUUGGGUUUUUGAAGAGUUGUAUUAGAGAAUAAAAUUCAAACCUGAGUUGAUAUGUGCAGAAACCGGGGAUUGAUCUUAUGGCACCAACUGUUCCCAUAGAAUACAUUGGACAGUGGGAAUCGAAAGCUUGCCUACAGAGAAAUCAUAGUGUGAUGAUGGGGAAAACAAGGAAGUUCCCAAAGGGAAAUUCUACUGGUUUUGUCCCAGAUAAUCGUCAUCUGAUAGAGACCGUGGCUGAGUCAGAAGGGUUUGGUAGUUCAGGACGAGUUGACACAGAGAUGACUGUGUCAGAGGAUUCAUAUGCCCCCAAAAGAAAAUGCAUUAAUCUGAAUGUGGAUAAUUAUGAUCAAUUUGGUGUUCCCUUACAAGUUCUAUCCUUGUCAAAGAUGUCACAGUCUGAGAGGAAGGGUUUGGAGAUGAGGUUGAAAAGUGAACUCGAACAAGUUAGAUUUCUUCAGAAAAAAAUUGGCUCUGUGAAUCCCAGUGCUGUAGUUUUGUCUCCCUCCAGUGAUAUUCGCAGUUGUAGUGAGGGACAGAAACGUGCCUCUGUAGAAAUCUUACAAAGGUCAGUUGAUGUGCCCACAUCAAAGGGAAAGAAAUGGGCUCCUCCUGGUCGUAAUGGGUCACUUACUAAACAGGCUGCUGGAGGGCGCGUUAAAUCAGUAAAGCAGGCUGUGCCAUCCAGUAACUCAAAUGCUACUUGGAAGAAGCAGUGUGAAUCAUUGCUGAAUAAGACGAUGUCUCAAGGGCACGCUUGGGUUUUUAAUAGUCCCGUGGAUGUGGUCAAGCUGAAGAUCCCUGAUUAUUUCAAUGUUAUAAAACAUCCCAUGGAUCUAGGUACAGUGAAAAAUAAAUUGUUAGAGAGCAAGUAUCCAAGUCCAUUGGGCUUUGCUGCAGAUGUGAGGCUUACUUUUGACAAUGCACAGACAUACAACCCACCUGGAAAUGAUGUCCAUGUCAUGGCUGUGGAACUUAGUAAAUAUUUUGAACGAAGAUGGAAAUUGAUUGAGAAGAAGUUUCCUGUUAGCAUUGAUGCGCCAGUACAUUUAACAUCAAGUGGUCACAUAGAAACUGAAAUUCCCAAUCUAAUGCCUCCUUCUCCGUCUAAGAAGAGGAAAAUUACACCAAUAGAUAACAAGGUCAAGCAAGAACCUGUGAAGCGGGUCAUGACUGCUGAGGAGAAGAUUAAACUUAGCACAGAAUUGGAGUCUCUAGUAGAAUUGCCUGAGAGUAUUAUCGACUUCCUUAAAAAGCAAAGUUAUGAUGCAAGUCAAAUUGAGGAUGAUGAGAUUGAGAUUGAUCUUGAUGCUCUUACUGAUGACACUUUGUUCACAUUGCGAAAACUAUUAGAUGACUUUUUGCUGGAUCAACAGAAAAAGCAGGGAGGAGCUGAACCUCGGGAUAUGCUUCCUCAUGAUUCAGGUUUUAGCAAUGUGGCAGCUGAACAAUGUAAAGGCAAUGAUCCUGUUGAUGAAGAUGUAGACAUUGGUGGGAAUGAUCCCCCCAUCUUAAGCUAUCCCCCAGUUGAGAUAGAAAAAGAUACGGCUAUUAGAACCAGCCAAUGCAGUAGUUCAAGUGGCUCCAGUAGCAGCUCAGCCUCUUCUUCCAGUGAUUCAGAUUCAGGCAGUUCUGGCAGUGAAUCAGAUGGUGGUCCUAGAGCUCCAGUUCUAGCAGUGGGUACAAAGGAGGACAUAGAUUCUGGAGCCAAUAUAGACCAGAAGAAAAAUGAUCAAGAUUUGUUAAAUGGGCUGAGCAAAGUUGAGCAGAAUUCCCAGCCUAAUGCACUUACUGUUGAUGUGAAAGGUCUCGAGGGGGAGAGUGCUCCAUCUGGGAGGCAAGUCUCCCCGGAAAAGCUUUAUCGUGCUGCUCUGUUAAGAAGUCGUUUUGCAGACACCAUCCUUAAAGCUCAAGAAAAGACCCUUGAAAAGGGUGAAAAGCAGGAUUCUGAGAAAUUGCGUCUUGAGAGAGAGGAGCUUGAGAGGCGUAGAAGAGAAGAAAAAGCUCGAUUACAGGCAGAAGCCAAGGCUGCAGAAGAAGCCAGGAGGAAAGCUGAAGCAGAUGCUGCUGCUGAAGCCAAAAGAAAAAGAGAACUUGAGAGAGCAGCGGCACGCCAGGCUCUACAAAAGAUGGAGAAGACAGUCGAUAUUAACGAGGGUUGUCAAUUUAUGGAAGAUCUAGAAAUGCUUAGGACGUCUGCAGCUGAUGAAAUGGCGAGGUUCGUGGAUGAUGCAAGCCCAGAACAUUCUCAAAACGCCCUGGGAAGUUUCAAAUUCCAGGGGAGCAGUAAUCCCUUGGAGCAACUUGGAUUGUACAUGAAAGUGGACGACGAAGAGGAAGAUGAAGGCGAGUCCCACCCCUUGCCAGAUGCAGGAAACGACACAGAGGAAGGCGAGAUCGAUUGAUCGGUUUUUCCCCUUAAUAUCAAGGGGGGUGCGUGGUUUUAAACUUGGAACUCGGGGCUUGAUGUAUGCCCUGUGUUUCCUGUACCUUGUGUUCAUCGAGACGGCGUAAUCUUUCCAAUGAACUUAUUGAGCUUGAAAAGAAAAGACAAGGCGGCCUAUAAUGGGGGAAGCCGAUCGAUCCACCAGCAGCAGCAGCAGCAGGAUCUGGCUCUGGACCGGUCAUGCAAAGCUGAAUGAGAUAAACAAGUAUGGGAAGCUCUUCUCCGAGACCCUUUUUGGGCCCCAAGGAAGUUGGUAUGGUGUUAUGGUAGGUUGUGGAUUUUUCUUGGUUUUUUUUUUCUUUUUUUUUUUGGGGGGGGGGGGGGGGAGGGGGUAGAGAAUUGUAUUAAUUCGGAAUUUUUGUUUUGUUUUUUUGGGUUCUUUCUUGUUGGUGGUGGUGUAGCUGUAAAAAAGUAAACUUUUUCAUAUUUGUAGCAGUAAUUUUGUUGAUCAAAUGAUCUGAUAGCAAUUUUGUUUGCUUAGGUUACUACAGGUACCAAGAUGGAUCACUUCAUCUUGUGGUGGCCAUUAGUGAAUCUUAGAAUUGUUUUUAUUUAUGUUAGGUAUGAGGUGGUGUGUUGGAUGAUGUUGCCCAAGGAAUAUAUUAAAAAGUUAUUAAUGAUUAUUUACUAUUUACUAUUUAAGUUAA